CUGAAUAAGACCACGUGGGAAAAAAUUGCAUUUUGCUAUUUAAGAGGCAGCUCCUACUUUUGAUCAACGAGGCUAAUGCACAAGGUCCACUUCAGAAGUUCUCUUUCUUUAGUGUGCAAAAAUGGCCCAUUUAUUGGAGAAUUUGGUUUCUCAUAUGGAAAUGGAUGAUGAUAUCUUCAAUCAAAGUGAUAACUCAUUUGAUGAGCAAGGGUUCCUCAGAGAGAUCCUUCAGUUACCAGAUUUCUCACCUCAAAGUGAUGAAACCUCCUCCCCUUGUCCUUAUUUCAAAAUCCAAAACAACAUUUCUGUAGAUGGUGUCACCAGCCCACCCAAUAGUAUAAGCACUCUGUCCCUUGAGGAGACAGGUUUUGAAAGGAAUGACCCUCUUCACAAGAGUCACAGCUCCAACUCUAUCAUGUCUUUGGAAAAUAAUCUCAAUUCUCCAACCACAUACCUUUUAUCUUUUGACAAGUCCAGUGUUGAACAAAUCACUCAUGAAUCUUCCCCAGAUCAUAACUCUGUAUUGAGAUCCAAUAACAGGACUAGAGGAUCUGAAUUAACACCAGGGAUGCACCAAGCAACUAAGAAGGUGAGAAGGUCAGGAACACCACAUCACAUAAUGGCAGAGAGAAAACGAAGAAAGGAGUUGACACAGAACAUCAUAGCACUUUCAGCAACAAUACCUGGAUUGAAGAAGACAGACAAGGUUUAUGUUCUUCGUGAAGCCAUCAAUUACACAAAACAACUUCAGGAGCGCGUUAAAGAGUUGGAGAAUCAAAACAGAGAUAAAAAUGUAGAUUCAGCAACAUUCACCAUGAAAUCUCAAGAUUCCUCAAAUAAAAGCACCACCUAUUGUGAAACAAACAGAGAAUCACUGCCAAUUGGUGUCAAAGCAAGAGUCCUAGAGAAGGAAGUGAAUGUUGGAAUCCAUUGUGAGAAGCAAAAAGACAUAGUGCACAAUAUUUAUGUCUUGCUUGAAAAGAUCCAUCUCUCUGUGACAUGUAGUAGCGUGUUACCAUUUGGGACUUCUCUCAUAAUUAACAUUAUUGCUCAGAUGGAUGAUGAAUACAACAUGAGCAUUGAUGAGCUAGUGAAAAACCUGAAAGAAUAUAUGUUGGAGGCAUGCGGCGUGCAAUAGUAACUCAUUCUAUACAUUCAAGAAGUUCUCUCCAAUUCUAGUUUAUGAUGAUCUCGUGAAGGAGUUUGGGAAAAGCUGUUGUCCUUUGGUGAUGACUUGGUUUGUGUUCUUGUUUGUCUCGUGAAAAGGGGAGGAAUUGAAAAAGCAAAUGCUAUAUAUAUAAGAAAUGGUCCAAGUUUAUGUGCAUAUUCUUUUUUUAGGUAUAAUAAUGAGAGGGAGUUUGGGAUCAAGUUCAACUUUUCUCAAAAUGAUGUUUUAUUUCUCCUGUUUAUCAAUGAGAUUAUGUCACAUGAAUUAAAACUAACUUUGCGAAGUGUGGGGUUCAAAUUCUGGUCACUUCAUUUCAUGUCAUGUUGCUCUCUCUGCUAACGGACCAUGUGUUUACUUUACACCUGUUUGUAUACAGAUGAUAUAUAGAGUUAUGAUAUUUUCACCCUUCUUUCUCUUGCAA